UGCUCUGGUGUCUCACAUAAUAGGUAAGUUCUGGCCACCCACCCCACAGACAGACACCUUCAACAUCCUCCUUGCCCCCCAUCCUCAUCGCAUGUUUCCGAACCGUUGCGUCUCCCCAGCACCAUGCUGAAGCCUCUGAUGCCAGCUCCGGCCAACAUGUCGACUCGACCUCUAUCCCCUCCACCUCCUUCUCCCGGUGGAACACGACUCAACUUCACAUCCCCUACGCAUUCAGCAGCCAAUGCAGCCCGGAACUCUAUCAUCUCAUCCUCAGCUAAAGGCUGGUCACCACUUCAGAUCAAUAAACGGGAUCAAGCGACUUCACCCUCCAAAGGCAAUGACCCAGGUCCUUCGCCUCUUUCAUCGUCUUCCGCAGCAGCGGCGCCCAGACGUACGAGCUCAUCCUACAAACACAUGGCCACCAAUUCUCUGGUCUCCAACUCACCAUUCAAAAAUCACUCAUCUUCCGUCCAGUCCUCCGCUCGGGAAGUGGUUCAUGAGCGUAAGGCUUCCCGGGGUCUUGGCGAAGCUCCUGUGAAGGCGACCGGAUCGUCCACCACCCCUCGAUCAGCCAUUGGACUAGGUAUCACUGCCAAACCUCGAUCAUCUUCCCGAGGGAGUUCUUCAGGAAACGGAUCAGCAGUGGCUGGUACAAGACGAGUCUCGACGGAAAAGGGGACCGGAAAAGUCGUCUUCCAUAGUCCUGUCACUGGCGGUGAGCGAAGGAUCAGUGCAUCCGGAGAACAGAGACGGUCAUCCGCCAGCAAGGAGAACGAAAGUCCGGAUGUCAGAGCAUCGAGGAGAACCCCGACCAAGGCGACGACGGGUUUGAAGAAUCUGGCAGGAAGGGAAUUUGUCUCGAAGUCUCCCUUUCUCAACCCUGCCAACUCGACUGGAACUGGAGACGACGAUACGCCAACUGCGGCGAGUCCCAGGACGAGCGUCCCUAUCGAGAGGGAUGAUGUGUUUUCCUCACCUGCAUCUACGCCUCGUCGAGUGUCUCCGAGCAAACCACGAGGUGUCUCGUUGACGGUCGACACCUCACCUGCUCUUUCUCCUCUGCGACAACCGCCACUCGCCCUAUACACUCACAUCUCUCAACCUGCCGUUCCCUCUCCCCUUCGAUCAGACUUUGCACCCCUGCCCAACGGACCCUUUUCACGACCGCCAGCUUCAGCGACUCCGACCAGGUCAUCAAUGACGCCUUCACGACGACUCCACGGACCCAGAGAUUUCUCUGAUCCCACCGAUUCUCCGAGCAAGACCAAGACGGUGACAUUUCAGAGUGUCGCGGAUGUUAGGGAGUUCGAGCGCUUGAGCGUCGAGGGGAGCGCCGACAGUAGCUUUGACGAGGCUGCCGAGGAUGACGAGGAAGACGAUGAAGAGGAUCAAGAAUGGUUGGAAACGUCGCAUCGGGUCAACAGUCUCGACUCGUUAUUGCACGAAUCAUCCGGUAGAGAGGAAGAAACAGAGGAUGACGAUGAUGAUGAGGACGACACACUGUCCAUGGCAAGGCUCCGAAUCACAAAUCCUGACCAAACGCCAGACUUUUCAGAUGCAGGAUCAGAGUGUGCUACGGGUCGGUUCGUCAAUUCGCUCAUUGAAGAAGGUCUACUUUCACCAAGCGGAUCUACGCCAGGAUCUAUGGACCAAGCCGUCUUUUCUGCCAACGCCACUCCGCAAUUGUCGACUCCAUCGCUUGGUGAAUCUUUCCAAGCUACGCCCAUGAUGGUCUCUGCUUCCAUGGACGUUCAGCCUUCGCAACCUACCGAUACGUAUUCUGAUAAGGACUCGGCCGGUAUCCCUUACGGUCGGUCGCACCAUGCUGAAAGAGCUGCUGCCCAUCACGCCCGCACGUCCUCGAGGGACUAUGCACCGAUUCGACUCGCGCAACCCGUAACUCUGCCGACCCAAAGCGAUCGUCAAAUGCUUGUCAACGCCAAUGCUGCACAGCCGUACACUCAAUACUCCACGCCGUUUGAUGAUGGCCCUCAUGCGACGCAAGCUGGACCCAUGCCUGAUCCGUUCAUCACAAUACAAACUGCAACGACGGUCGUCACACCUCAGAAAGUGGCGGAGCGGCAAGAAGAUGGCGUACCACUUGGCCGGUCGAGCCAUCUUGAACGUAUUCAAGCUGCUCGUCAACUAGCGACGCAGCAGAGCUUGGGUUUGGGCAUGCCUCGAAGUCCUGCCAUUGCGAAAAACCUGGUCCAGGCUACGCGGGAGGAGGAUCUCGUGGACGUCGAGAUCGAGCAGAGAGGACCUCCAAAGCCUCAGCAAUUGGACUUGCCUGAACCUGUUGAACCUGUCCAUCCACCUGUGGACCAGGUAGCGCAGUCUGAACCUGGCAGCCGCUAUGCUCUACCUUUCAUCAACCUUACUUCGCCAUUCUUCAAGCAGACUCCGACUGUCCUUGUGCACGAGACAAGCUCAGACAGCGCAAGUGACAACGAUAGACCCCUGACCCCUCCGCCAUCUCAUACCUCUCGUGAAGUCAAAGCCGAGAGUCCUCAUCGACUACCUUCUUUCGAAUUCGAGGAGAUUAGUCUUCAAACGGUCGACACGCUGGAGACCAGAACUGCCAAAGUCCAGAGAUCACCCACCAAGUCGAGUACAUCAGCUCCUAUGAAGGUUUCGACUUCGAUCGAAUCUACUACUUCCGAAUCGACUACCAUCUCCACCACAUCUCAAUCGGUAUCGUCAUCGGCUGGGGGAGCGCGAAUGUCAGCCUCUGCGUCAAGGGACUCGGAUUUUGGCCUUCAGCGUACUGCAAGUCCACAACCACAGGAUUCCACGAGCACUCGUGUUCGACAGAGGAUAUCUCGAGAGAUGAUCAGGGACACCAUCAACCAACGUAUCGCAGAUGGCUCUCUCACCCGACGAUCGUCUCAGUAUGCCACUGAAUCAUACGGUUAUCAAGACUUUGGCCGCGUCGAUUCCAGCUCGGGAUCAUCUCAGCGCACCCCACUUGCAGAUGUCAAGGCCGUGCCUAUGGUCAAAUCACACACGACCGAUGCUGCUCCCCGCAAGGUCUCUGGCAUUCGCGAUGUGUCUACUCGACCCCGGAGUCAAACGCAAUCGGCCCACGAGGUGCUCAAGGCGGCUGAGAAGGACGGUCUGAUCGGUGAACCUCGAAGCGCUCUCGACAAGUUGAUCGACAUCAAUCCCAGUCCGAUGACUUCUACUUCUUCACCCGAGGGAUCCAGCAUGCUCUCACCAGCGAGACACGCGACCCCUUCGAAACGAUCAUCAAUGCCUCCGUCUAGUCUGGGUCGAGACAAGCCACUACCUCCUCCAGGCAUGAUGGAUGAUAUUGACGAGAUGCCCUCCACGCCCACGCAGUCAGCACGCGAGAGACGGAGCGACACGCCGACUGGAGAAGGUAUGGCUGCCAGGGAAGCCGCCAUCAUUGCAAAACGUCGCGAAAAGGUUGGAGAGAAUACGGCGGAUUGGAGUGCGGCCAUCGAAAGCCGAGGUGGUAGACGAAGGCGGAGUGUCAGUACGGGUGAUGUAGGCGAGAGGGCGGACGAGAUCAACGACUUUAGAAAAUCCCUGGCUAAUCCUCGUCUCACCCUUGGGAUCGACGAAGAGGGAGUGUCUAUUCUUCAGUCGUUCAAUGAAGAGGCUGCCAAUAUCGGAGCAGAUCGAGCAUAUCGUGUUCGGGAAAAACCCAUGGUCCAUGCUUCGUUUGGCGACAAGAUCACUCAUUCGGGUGCCGGUGACCUUGCGAGUGGACGGGCGUGGCGAUCGAUAAGAAGACCCUCAGAUAUGAAUGAGCAUGCGGCGGAGAUACGAGCCCUGCGUGCUCGGGAAGCCAACAAUGGUAAAUCUUCAGGGACGAUUUUCGUCAAAGUCCUUGGUAUCGAGGGUUUGGUCGUACCUAUACCUGAGCAGACAGCAUUCUUCUGCAUCACAUUGGAUAAUGGCAUCGACUACAUCAGGACACCGUAUGCGCCAUUAGUGCCAAACGCGAAGGUCAACCAGGAAUUUUCGCUGGUUGAGCAUCCCAAUUUCGAAUUCUCACUCUCCCUUGACAUUCGACGCGAUCCGCAAAUCCUCAAAGCCAUCCAUGAGAUACACAAUCCGCCGCCACCACCUCUGCUCGCCCCGACGUCCCCAGUCAAGAACUCUGGUCUCAAAAGUCUCUUUGCCUCUCCUCGCAAACCCAAAGCGGCCAAGGAAGCCGCUAGGUCCGUCACGCCUCUGCCACCUCAACCGCCUCCUCCGCCCACCGCGCUCGAAACCAUGGCCAAGUACUUUGCUUCGCCCAACUCGUCGACCAUUGCCAAGACGCAUGUGGCUUUCAAACCCAUCGCCAAGAAUUGCGAGGCAAAGAUCUUAGAGAUUCGGUACCCCAUGUUUGCAAUGUUCAAAGGGGAUGGCAUGUUCGCUGGCGACAAGUCGGAUUUGACUGCUUCGACGUCGUCUACUUCGACUGCAAGGAGACAAUUGGCCAAGAUCACGCUGCAAAUGUUCAGACUGCCCCCAUUGCCUGGACUUCGACCGGACGAAAUGCCUCAGUGUAUUGAUGAUUGUCUCCGUGGCAUGAGACAUCAUGCCUGGCAUGGGCAAGAGUAUCAAGAGGGUGUGCUGACCCAGGUCGGAGGUGAUUGUGUGGCACCUCGUCGGCGAUUAUUCAAACUCAUUGGCGGAACGCUCAUCGCGAUCAACGAAGUAACCAAGAAGGAAGUCACCUCGAUCGACCUUCGGAAAGCGCUAGCCAUCACCGAUGCGAAUGAAGAGCAACGUGUUGGCGAUUCGCCCAAGAGUCGAAUGACCCUCCGCCCGAGAAACAGUGAUGAGGGCUUGAGUGCCCGUCCUAUGAGCUUUAGGGUGGAUUUUAGUGACGGGGAAGAAAUCAUAUUUGGAUGCGAUACGGAUGAAGACAAGGCGAUCUGGAUGGAGACCCUUUCUGGGCUCAUUGGCAAAAUUCCAAGUAAUCCUCUAUGGGCCGAGUUACUCGCUACUCGGCUUAAAGAGCGACCCCGUCGACCACAUUCGACUGGGACUCUGGGCAAAUUCCCAGCCGUACCUGGUACAACUACUGCGCCAGAUGCUUCCGCUCCGAUGUCUCCUACUCGAUCAAGAGCCAGCGGGACGACCACUACGAGCUCCAACACUGACGCUCGGACCGCAGGAUCUAGCUCUGGAUUCACUGGAGAGCCCAGUACCAGAUCCGGUCAAACAGGUCAUCAUUUUGAGGCUGCCACUUCCGACGAGCGAGAAGGACUCUUGUCAAGUGCCGCUAGCGGCAUGACAUCCUCUUCUGCUGGCUCCUCACUGCCACCUCAGCAGUACGCGCCUCAACAACACCAACGCCUACCGAUCCACCCCUUGGACAUUCGCCGCAGUGCCCCGCCUGCGCCCGCUCCUGUCACUCACCAACAUCCACCUGCUCGAUCCCCUACUCGACCACUUUCAUUGACCACCGGCGUACCGAUGAUUCGGUUCGAUGAUGAGAAUGCGCAGAGGAAAGUGAGUCUGAGGCCAAAGUCCGCCACGCCAGUAUCCAAGCGGACGGCGUGAGACCACCGAAGACUGCCUGCAGGUUCUAGGCGGGGGGGAGGGGAGAACUGGAAGUAUCACGCCGCUUCGAGAUAAGGCGGAACAUUUGGGAGAUAUGGAUUUGGGUAGAGACAUCUGAUUGCCGCACGCUUGUGCGCGCUGUAUGAACUAUAGACCUCACUAUACCCCUCCUUUUUUGAUUUUGUGUGCUUUUAUGAGUUCUCUGUAACAUAUACAUAUUCUUCAUCGCUCUCCUUAACUUAAUUAUAUAUAUACCUGUGGUUCGUGUUCUCUCUGAAGACAGAGAUCAGAGGGAUUGCAACACGCGCAGGACAGGAGAAUCAUGUAUCGUCUGUGAGGUUCAGACGACUCUGGGCAUGAUACGACACUGAUACACAAAUGUCAAUGGCAAGAAUG